AUUUAUUUAGGGAUAGUAUUCUUUUUUUAGUAGAAGAUUAUUUCCAUUAUACUUCUUCCCAUAUAUGCGUAUUACCGAUCCGUUUUGAUCGGCUCUCUUAGUAUUUAUAUUGACCGAUUGGGACUUUGGCUGAAUAAGAAAAUUUGCUUCUCCUAAAUAUUAUUCUUCAUAUCUGCAUAUCAUACAAAACUAAUAUGGUAUCAGAGAAAGCACGCUGACCUGCUGCGUGACUCCUACAAAGAUGACGACGGAAGAUGGAGCAACACCGGCUGCGAAGAUGGAUUACACUUCGCGCUAUUCUUGGGACCUCAAGAUAGACCGGGUGAUUUUAUCACUUCUGUUCGACUCACGAAUAAAACUUAUGAAGAAUGGUCUAAUGCCGUGAAGUUAGCGCUCCGGGCAAGAAGGAAGUUUGUUCUCGUAGACGGGACUCUGACGAAACCAAAGCCUCCUUAUACCGAGGAGGACUGGCUUACAAACCACUCCAUGGUUGUUUCCUGGCUCUUGAAUAUAAUUUCGCCGGAGGUGAAGGCAACGCUGUCAAACUACGAAGAUGCACGACGCCUCUGGAAUGAUCUGAAGGAAAGGUUUGGAUCAGUAGAUGGUCCGAAAAUUCACCAAGUCAAGACAGAUUUGGCUAGGUGUGUUCAAUCAAAAGGGAUGGACAUUGGAACCUAUUAUGCUAAAUUGCAGAACUUAUGGGAGGAAUUAAACAAUUACGAGCCGUUGAUUGCAUGCAAGUGUAACAAUUGCACUUGUGAUGUACUCAAACAACAUGAAAAGAGACGAGAAUCUGAACGUCUGCACCAGUUUUUAAUGGGUCUUUACACAGAUUAUUUUGGUGGUGUUCGGUCACAAUUAUUGACGCAACCUGAACUCCCGACCUUGAAUCGGGCGUACCAACAAAUGACACAAGAAGAGCGUGUCCGGGGAAUUGUCCAGGCUCAGGAAGAACGACCAGAAGUGUUGGGAUUUGCUCUUAAGGCGGAAGGAAAAAGUGCAGGCCGCGGGGCGAAGCCGGAUAAAUCCGGAUUGGUUUGUUCUUAUUGCAAAUUUACGGGACAUGAGAUAACUAGUUGCUUCGAACUUCACGGCUAUCCCGAUUGGUGGGGAGAUAGACCGCGUCUCGGAAUUAAAGGGGGAGGUCGUGGACGUGCGAGCAUUUCCGGACUCACGGGGAAUUCUGGAACAUCUCGUGGAAAACAAAUUAACAAAGCCCAUGCAACGGUGGCCGCUGAUGCUGCGGCGAAGCAGGGGCAGAAUGCUGGUGAUAACAAGACCAAACUGAACACUCCACUUCCGGGUUUCACGUCCGAACAGUGGGCUUCCUUGCUCUCCAUGCUCGGUAACACACACUCUACUAAUGAUCGUAUGGCCGGACCGUGUCUCGAGGAGGCUGAUUGGAACGGGUAAACGGCGGAAUGGACUGUACUACUUGUGGGAGGAACCAACGGAGCAUGCUUUGACAGUUAGAGAAUCAGGGAAGGAGGCAGUUUUGUGGCAUCAAAGGUUGGGCCACCCAGCCUAUCAAAUUGUUAGGAAUUUGGCUCCUGUAAGUGGUUUGAAAGAUAUUGGAAGCUCUCCAUGUGAUGUUUGUUUUAGAGCUAAACAGACUAGGGAUUCUUUUCCUACUAGUUUGAAUAAAACUCAUGCUAUUUUUGAGAUGAUUCAUUGUGAUUUGUGGGGC